AUGUGGAAAACAGAAGAAGACUUUAAAGAAUCUAAACAGCAAAAGAGGAAGAGAAAUCUAAACAAGAGAUAUUCCUUGGAUAUAUUGGCUGAAGUUAUUAUCCCUAUCUGCUUAUUCAUUGCCAUCAGAAGGACAACCACUGUUUGCCAUCUUUCAGUUUCAAGGGAAGGCCUCUUUGUCUGGAAAGUCUUUGACCUGGGGCAGAAGAAAGCAAAAGUAGAUGAGUUCUCACUGUGUGGCUCCAUGGUGUCCGAUGAAUAUGAGCAUCUCUCCUCUGAAGCCCUGGAGGCUGCACAUACUUGUGCCAAAAUGUACAUGGUGAAAAGCUGUGGCAAAGAUGGUUUUCCCAUCAGAGUGCAGUUCCACCCCUUCCACGGCAUCCUUAUCUACAAGAUGUUGUCCUGUACUGGAGCUCACGGGCUCUCAACAGGUAUGCGGGGUGCCUUUGGCAAGCCCUACGGCACCGGGGCCAGGGUCCACAUUGGCCAAGUCAUCAUGUCCAUCUGUACCAAGGUGCAAAACAAGGAGCAUGUGACUGAGGCUCUGUAUAGGGCCAAGUUCAAGUUCCCUGGCUGCCAGAAGAUCCACAUUUCCAAGAAGCAGGGCUUCACUAAAUUUAAUGCAGACAAAUUUGAAGACAUGGUGGCUGAAAAGUGCCUCAUCCCAGAUGGCUGUGGGGUCAGAUACAUCCCUAAUUGUGGCCCCAUGGACAAAUGGCAGGCUCUGCCCUCAUGAGAACCUCAGUACUGCCUCCUCCUUAUUCAUGCCCACCAACAAAUCCUACUUUUGUCGAAAAAAAACCCAAACAAACCUGAAAACAAAUCAUCCAAGCAUCCAUUUCCACAAGUUAAAAAAAUUAAGCCGAGGGAGAACAAAAAGAAACAAAUAAAAAUAAAAACAGAUCUCAAUAAAACAUAAAACAAACAUGUGCUAGAGAAAAUAAAUCUAAAAGGGGAUUUUAAAAGACUAAUAAAUUUCAUAAAUCCCUGGGAAGACAGAUCAAGAAAAAAAGAAAAUGCACAAAAUACCAAUAUCAAGAAUGAUUUUUAUAAAAUCGGGCUUAACUAUUGGUCCCAUAGUUAAGAAAAUGAAAACAAAAGGAUAUAACAAUUUUGGGGUGAUAAUUUCAAUGAAAUGGUGAAAUGACUUAAAAAGCCAUAAUUUACCAAAAUGCCAAAAGAAGAAAUAUAAAAUGCAAAUAGUUUAUUUACUAUCUAGUAAAUAAAUUGAAUCUGUAACUAAAAUCCUUUGAGAGAAAUUUCCAUGCCUGUCUAUUUUAUUACUCAAUUCCUCCAAACAUUU